GCGCUGUCUCCCAGCUUCACUCAGUCUGUACUGACUGUUUGUUGUCAUCAAGAUGGAGUUCUUGCUGGGGAAUCCGUACAGCACUCCGGUUGGGCAGUGCAUUGAAAAGGGCACAGAUGGCUCCCUGCAGGGCGAAGACUGGGCGCUCAACAUGGAGAUCUGUGACAUCAUCAACGAGACCGAGGACGGGCCCAAAGACGCCCUCCGAGCGGUGAAGAAGAGGCUGAACGGAAACAGGAACUUCCGAGAAGUGAUGUUGGCCUUAACGGUCCUAGAGACCUGUGUGAAGAACUGUGGCCAUCGCUUCCACGUGCUGGUGGCCAACAGGGACUUCAUAGACGGCGUGCUGGUGAAAAUCAUCUCCCCCAAGUCCAACCCCCCCACCAUAGUCCAGGACAAGGUGCUGGCUCUUAUCCAGGCGUGGGCAGAUGCCUUCAGGAGCAGUCCAGACCUGACCGGCGUGGUUCACAUCUACGAGGAGCUGAAGAGGAAAGGCAUCGAGUUCCCCAUGGCCGACCUGGACGCCCUGUCACCCAUACACACACCGCAGCGGGGUGUUCCAGAGGUGGACCCAGCCCUGCUCAAGUACCGAGCCCCCACCGUGGCCCAGCAGCCCAGCGUGACCUCCCAGCCCCCUCCCAGAGCGGCCACACCGGGCCAGGGCUCGGCCGCCACCUCCCCCACUCACAUCCCCACCAUCCCCUCCAUCCAGGGCCCCAUCUCAGCCAACCCAGAACAGGUUGCCAGGCUGCGCAGCGAGCUGGACGUUGUCCGUGGCAACGCCAAAGUGAUGUCAGAAAUGUUGACGGAGAUGGUGCCAGGACAUGAGGAGGCAUCUGACCUCGAGCUGCUCCAGGAGCUGAACCGGACCUGCAGGAACAUGCAGCACAGGAUCAUGGAGCUCAUCGCUCGCGUGGCCAAUGAAGAGGUGACCGAGGAGCUGCUGCACGUUAACGACGACCUCAACAACAUCUUCCUGCGCUAUGAGAGGUAUGAGAGGUACCGGUCUGGUCGAGCUGCUCAGAAAAAUGGGAUGCUUAAUGAAGCCAACGAGGACAACCUCAUAGAUCUGGGUCCAGGCUCCCCUGCGGUGGUCAGUCCUCGUCCCAGUGGCGCCUCCCACUCCUCCAGCCCCACACCGGCAUCUCCUCCUCAUGUUGCUGCUGCCGCGGCUCCUCUUGCUCCUCCUCCUGUUGUUGCUGCCGCGGCUCCUCCUUCUGCUCCUCCUGUUGUUGCUGCUGCCGCAGCCGCCACGGCCAACGCCGCCUCCCCCGCAGCCCUGACCACACAGCUGGCUGGACUAGACAUGGGCUCAGGCAGUGUGAGUGGGACCCUGUGCUCUCUCUCCAGCGGGGGCGCGCCCCCCCAGCAGCAUGAUGACUUUGACAUGUUCGCCCACACCAGAGGCAGCUCCCUGGCAGAGCAGCGCAAAAACAUGACGUAUGAAGAUCCCCAGGCGCUUGGAGGCCUGGCCUCUGCCCUGGACAUCAGACAGCAGAACACAGCUGGGCUGAGGGAUAAUGAUGAUAGCGCACAGCUGGAGCCCAUAGACAGCUGGCUCAUCACCCAAGGAAUGAUUCCCGUCUCGCAGUCCUCUGUCAUGGAUGACAUAGAGGAGUGGCUCUGUGCUGAUGUGAAAGGUGACAAGGAGGAAGGGGUGACGAGUGAAGAGUUCGACAAGUUCCUGGAGGAGAGGGCCAAGGUGGCAGACACGCCCCUACCGUGUGUCCCGAGUGAAGAGCCCAGCCCCCCAAUCAGUGCCAGCAGCAGCAGCACAGGCCGCAGGAAGGCGGAGAGGACGGAGGACGCCCUGUUCGCUUUGUAGAGACCUUUUGCCCACCCUCUCUCUCUCUCCUCCUCUCUGCUCCUGCCCUGCCCUGCCCUCACCCCACCUCCUCUCUCUGUCUGUGCUGCAGUCAUGGACAGACCUCAGCUCUCCCUCAGCACACGCAUCCGCUGUCAGUCGCUACCCCCAGUCUUCUGCACGAUGCAGGCCGCCGCCACCGUCCGCGCUUGCCUCAGUCAUCCGCAAGUGUUCUCAGUCGUUCCAAGCACAUGCACCCCGUCACCUCCACCUCUGGUCUCCAUGUUGCGACGAGACGAGAGAUGAAGCAAAGCACUUAACACUGUGUGAGAGAGAGAUGGCCGUGUGGAGCUCCCGUUCGACCUAACAUCCUAACUCUGCUUCCCCAGUCGGUAGCGUCAGAGAAUCCCUCUUGAGACUCAGGCUGUCCCAGAUGAACGCUUCCUCUGGGAAAGAGGCAGGAUUUUUGAAAUGGUAACAGAUUCCCUGUUUGAUGAGUAUUAUUUAUGUCUCUUACAAUUACUUGCACUAAUGUCUGAUCAUGAUGACCUAUGGACUGAAUAUGGCAUCCAUUCCUGGUCUUUGCCCCACCAAGAUAAUGUUGAAAUUGGUUUAAUCUUAAUCUUUUUUUCCUGUAUCCUCCUAACAUUCCUUCUGCCCCUUCUGUCAAUCUCUGUCUUCUCUCUUUCUGUCUGUCUGUCUGUCUUUCUUCUCACUGUCAUGAGACGUGGCUGAACCUGUGCCUCCCUAUUUGGUCACGCUGUUAUGUCAGAAUAGAGCCAACUGUUGGCACUUCUAAAAAGGGAAUGAGCGGUAGGGGCUUGAAAGUUACUUUCAGAGACAUCCUGUCACUCUCGCUGCGUGCCCCUCUCGUGCAUUCAGUGGACAACUCCACAGAUGGACAGGGUCCUUACUUAUAAAAACUAACAAAAAAAAAACUGACCAAAGAGUCUGGACUGAAUUAGCUUAGCUCUCAGAAUAGGGACACAGUGGGGGAAUCAUGCAGUUCACCGGAGACAUAACCGGAGUCAGAGACAUAACAUACAUUUUUUUCUGUCAGAUGCCACAAAAUCAUGUAGAAUCUAGCAGAACAAAAUGCCCUGACUUUCACUUUGGCCUCAGUCGCCUUGACGACAAAAGGUAAAAGUCGACAAGCCAGGUUGAGAAUCCAAGAUUCCAUGAAUGUCUUACUGCGUUUCCUACCCCUUCCUACCCCCUACAGAUCUAAAGAGAAGUCUUAUGCACAUUUGACAAUGAUAGAGACGUUGCUCUAGAGUUGUGUGAUAUUACGGUGUGAUGUUUCGAAUUCAAGGGACAAGCAACAUUGAUAACUUUUGAUUGCACUUUGAUUUUCCGACUUGUCCCCUCAUUCCAGCUCCGUUCCAAAUCAUCUAAAACAAACAUUUACAGGGGCAGUCUGAAUCUAGUUCACAUUAGUUUAACUGAAAUAAGAGACUAGACAUAACAUCAAUGACUGAGACUAUAGACAAAAAUAAAAAAAUCUAGCUAGCACUGAAUUUAUUUUAUAAAUUUCACUUAUAUAGUCUGAACAUGGUUUUGACUGACUUCAUGGCUUAAUGGUUACUGUAAAAUUUGUAUCAAUAUGUAUACGUUACAAAUGUAUAUACAUAGAAAUCAUGUAUAAUACGCUGAACUGUUGCUAACUGCAGUAAUUGGUUACUCUAGUAUGUGUCCUUUUGAUGUUUGAUUUCCAUGUGAUUUUGUGGUAUGCAAUGCAAGACGAUGCAAGUGAUUCCUAACCACAGGGGUGAGUGUUCCCCGCACCCCCUAUUCCAAUUCCUCUCCUUCUAUGAAUCCCAAAGUUUUGCUCAGCCGGAGUGCUUCUCUAGAAUGGGGUCAAUUAUGUUAACCUUCUCAUAUGACCAUAGUUUGAUUUAUGAACAAUUAUGUUGAAUACAAUUAGUGACAACCAGAGUCUUACCUGAACAACAAAGAGCAGUUAACAGUCAUAGUUGAGCUUAGCUGUGCUAGUGCCCAGUAUGGAGGUAUGUGUAACUCCUCAUAACUGUAAGAAGGUGUCAUAGAUGUACCUUUUAAAAGAAGCAUCCUGUGAUCAGUCCAACUUUACACUGCUCUUUAGUGACAUUGUAUUUAUUGUAGGAUUACAUUUAACACUGACCAGCAGCAGCUUAAAAACUAUUUUAAACAAUUUAUACAUUGUAAAGGAAGGAUACUUAUAACUAAGUACCGUAUUGUAUCUGAUAAUAUCUGCUUGUGGCUGAAGUGGCAAUCACAUAUUUAGUAUUUACUAAUGAUGUUACAGAUGUGACAUCAAAUCCUAAUGUGUUAAAUCGUUUGUCCUAUGGAUUCAUGUUUUAAUGUGUCAGAUUAUUUUAAUGAAAGUAUUUUUUUGUAGUCAUGGCUGAUCUAAUUUGUUUUGUUCUGUGAUUUUAGUCAUGUGAGCAUACACUUAAAGCUGAAUAGGCUCUCUGUAAAUUGUUUCUUUAAAACAAGGCAGUUUCCCAAUACUAAGGUCUCUUUGGACGAGGUGUGGGGGAAUGAGAGGAUCAUGAACCCUUUCUUUCCGGUCAAUUUCACCUACCCAUUAAUUGCUGAAUCUGUGUGCGUGCGUUAUCGGUGUAUGUUUUUUUGGGGGGGGUGGGGUGUAUGUAUGUGUGUGUGUGCUUACAGAUGUACCUCAACGUUGCAAGUGUGUUCAGUGUAACUUUCAAAAUUACUGCAAACGAAUGUUACAUGAAAAAAAAAUGUCAUGUAAGGCUUUAAUGUGGGAUUCCAGAAGGUUCUGAAAUGCUGUGUUGACAUCUGAGGCCCUGACAUUACUUAGAAGUGUUGAGAUUUGUGUAAGACCCAUACAAAUGGACGCUAUUGCCUAAGUGAGACUUUCAACUGUCUGACCCAUACUUAACUCUAAUAAAACACUAGCAAUGUGUGA